AUGUUCCGCGAAUUCCGGACGAGCGCCAUGGUGCAGGAGACGUUGGCAUCCUUGGGAAUACCGUUCCAGGCCAACUUCGCUGGAACCACAGGUGUUGUGGCAACGAUUGGCACAGGCGAAGGUCCAGUGGUCGCCCUGCGUGCCGACAUGGACGCGCUGCCCAUCACUGAAGAGACAGACGUGCCCUUCAAGUCGCGCCAUCCCGGUGCCAUGCACGCCUGCGGCCACGACGCCCACACCGCCAUGCUGCUCGCCGCUGCCCGGAUUCUCCAGGAGCGCUCUCGGGCAGGUACCUUGGGCGGCACGGUUCGUCUUAUCUUCCAACCUGCUGAGGAAGGGGGGGCAGGGGGAAAGCGGAUGGUGGAUGGGGGGGCGCUCAAGGGCGCGUCUGCUGCCUUCGCCCUGCACGUAUCUCCUAAGAUCCCAGCAGGCUACGUAGGCAGCCGCCCUGGCAUGCUGCUAGCGGGGUCAGGUCGGUUCAACGCCACAGUGUGGGGCAAAGGCGGGCAUGCCGCAAUGCCUCAGUUCGCAGCAGACCCGAUCCUCGCUGCUGCUCACAUCGUAUCCAGCCUCCAAGCGAUUGUAUCGAGGGAAACAGACCCGUUUGCUUCACGAGUCGUUUCAGUGACUCAGUUCCACGGCGGCUCAGCAGACAAUGUCAUCCCCGAUACAGUCACACUGAGGGGCACCUAUAGAGCCACCACUAAAGACGGGCUCGCUGACCUGGAGCGGCGCAUUGCUGACAUCAUCGACAUGCAGGCGCGCGUGUUUGGAUGCCGGGGUGGGGUGGAUUAUGGGAUGAUGGACGCCAACGUGCAAGCUGCUGCUGAUGCUGAUGGUGGUGCUGAUGCUUCUGCUGCUGCUGGUGCUUCUGCUUCGGAUGAGCAGUUCCUCUCCCAGGGGCGGGCAGAUGCUUAG